AUGAAUCCAUUUCAAAUGGAAUCGCCAACGCUUGCGUCUCAGAUUGUCAUGAAUUCUACAAAGGCGGCUACCUGUAAGUAUGGUUAUAGGCCUUACAUCGAUAAUGAGACCAAUGCGUUAAAUCCGUGUUUUUUGGCACUCGUCAUCGUCAUGUUAAACCUUCAUUUAAUCCCCCUUGGAUUAUUUCAGUUAUGGAAAUUGUCAAAAACUGACAAAGUUCCACCCAAUUUCAAAUAUCAAUCUUGGAGGUCAGUUCCUUCACAAUUUUUGGUACAUUUGAGUAAUGUGGGUUUACAAGUGGUCUUAACUGUGAUCCAAUUAUCGAUUGUUUAUUCUGCCAGUGCUCAAUACACAUCUGUUUUGAAAUACGCCCUUUGGUUAAAUUUCGGAUACCUGGUUUUCGUCUCUUUGCCAACCCAAUAUUUGCAAUUUUGUAAAAGUUAUUGUGCCGUCAGCAAUCAACUUCUCUAUUUUGCCUUCCAAUGUAUCAUUUUAGCCUUCCAAGUUUGUCAAAGAGCAGGACAUCUUUCUAAUGAAAAUUACAACCUAGUCCGUGGUCGUGGUGGUACAAUUUCAGAGUUGGCACUUUUAAUCAAUGGUCUAGCUAUCUUGGUUUAUGAUUCGUGCUUCUACGAACCCGCUAAGGAAUUGCAAGAUUACUAUGAAGAGGAGAAAUUGUACCCAACUCCAAACUUUUUUUCGAAAUUAACUUACACAUGGAUGAAUCCUCUAAUUUCUGAAACUUACCAACACGGUAAACUAAGAGAUGUGAACAAUUUACCCAUCCCGCCAAUUAAUUUGAAUGUGGAGGACUUAGCUGAAAGAUUAAGAUCUAAUUGGGAAAAGGAGACGUGGUCCGGUAGAAAUUCUCUAUUUAGAGCAUUAAUCAAGGUUUUUGGUAAACCGUUGAUCACUGGUAUCGUUUUAGAAACUAUUAGAGAGGUACUAGAUGCCAUUAAACCACAGUUCCUCAUGCUGUUCAUCAUGUGUUUCAAUUUCGAUGCUAAUUCACCCUACCCUCCAUUGCAUGGUGUCUUUAUUGCCGUAUCCCUUUUCGUUCUAACGGUGCUUUCCACCUUCUUGCAAAAUCAAUACUUCAUCUACAUGUUUGAAGCUGGUUUGGGUAUGAAAGGUGCAUUAAUCUCGCUGAUUUACCAGAAAUCCUUGCGUAUUACAUUGGCGGCUCGUGACAAAAAUUCUACUGGUGACAUCUUGAAUUUGGCCUCGGUCGAUACUCCACGGAUUCAAAUGUUCUUCGAAGAUUGCCAAGUGAUGUUUAGUGCACCUCUAACCAUUAUUGUUGUAUUGUCAUCCCUUUACUUUCUGUUGGGUGCUGCUGCCGUCGCUGGAUUGGUGACUCUAACUAUCAUGCUUCCUAUUAAUUCGUACCUCUCUAGAAGAGUGGAAUCUUUGUACAAAGUUCAAAUGAAAUAUAAGGACGCUAGAAUUAGAGCUACUACCGAAAUAUUAAACUCUAUGAAAUCCAUCAAGUUGUACGCUUGGGAAAAACCCAUGUUACAAAGAUUGAAUCAUGUUAGAAAUGAUUUAGAGAUUAAAAAUUUCGCCAAAAUGGGUGUUGUGGAAACUUUGAUUACAUUUGCGUGGAACUGUGUCCCUCUAAUGGUCAGUUGUUCAACAUUCCUGUUGUUUUCUCUAAUCAGUUCAUCACCUUUAUCACCAGAAAUCGUUUUCCCGGCCCUUUCUUUAUUCGAGAUUUUGAAUGAUGCUAUUUAUUCAGUGCCCAAUGCCAUCACCGAUAUCAUUGAAACUAAAGUAUCGAUGGGCAGAGUUAGAACAUUUUUACAAACUGAGAAUUUGGACGAUUCAUUCAUUCAUGAAUUGAAGGAUGAGGUUGAUGGACCCAAGCCAACAAUUGAAGUGAAUAACGCUACUUUCCUAUGGCAAUCUGAAAAAACCUUGAAGAGUAACGAUGAGGAAGCUAAUGUGGGGAGCUCUCAAGUGGCAUUAGAAAAUAUCGAUCACUUCGAAGCUAAGAAGGGAGCGCUUACAUGUGUUGUCGGUAGAGUAGGAUCCGGUAAGUCAACUCUUUUGAGAGCGAUCUUAGGUCAGCUCCCAUGUAGAAGUGGACCCAAGGAAUUUAUUUCUCCUGAAAUUUUGGUGAGAGCUAGAUCAGUGGCCUACUGUCCUCAAGCACCAUGGGUUAUGAACGCUAGUAUCAAAGAUAACAUUUUAUUCGGACACAGAUAUGAUGAGACCUACUACAAUUUGACAAUCAAGGCAUGUCAGUUGAUCCCUGAUUUGAAAAUAUUAUCCGAAGGUGAUGAAACUCUGGUCGGUGAAAAAGGUAUUUCUUUGUCGGGUGGUCAAAAGGCGCGCUUGUCUCUUGCUAGGGCUGUUUAUUCCAGGGCUGAUUUAUAUCUGAUGGACGAUAUUCUGUCGGCGGUAGAUGCUGAGGUCAGUAAAAACAUUAUUGAUAAGGUUUUGGGUGAGGAAAAUGGUUUGUUGAAGCAUAAGACAAUUAUUUUGACAACCAAUGCAGUUUCUGUGCUCAAACAUUCUAACAUGAUUUACGCUCUUCAGGGUGGCCGUAUUGUUGAAGAAGGUACUUAUGAACAGGCUGUCUCAAGAGGAGAUGAUUCUGUCCUUCAAAAAUUGAUCAAGGAAUUUGAUACUUUUGCAGAGAACCCAAGCGAUAAGAAGAAAGAUGAGGAAAAUGAUUCGCAUAGUAUCAGCGAAGAUUUUGAAGAACCUUCCAAAAUACAAGCGUCUCAAAGUUCUGCAGAUUCUAUUGUAUCUCUUCAAGCGGCUGGAACAGUUGACGCAGAUGAGUUGCUGGACAUUAAUUCAAGAAGAGCUUCCAUUGCAACAUUUAGAGCUAAACCAAGCAUGGAAAUCAAUGAAUUACAAAAACCUAAGGAGAAAAACGAAGAAAAAUCAGAGCAAGGACGUGUUAAAAAAGAGGUAUAUCUUUUCUAUAUUAAAGCCUGUGGUUUGUUCGGUGUGAUUUUGUUCUUCCUUAUCAUGUUACUUGGUAGAGUAUUUGAAGUAUCAGAAAAUUUCUGGUUAAAGUAUUGGUCGGAAUCGAAUCAAAAGAAUGGCAGCAAUAAGGAUCUAUGGAAAUUUGUUGGUAUCUACGCGUUGCUUGGUAUCUCCUCGGCGGCUUUCGACAAUAUAAGAGCUGUCAUCAUUCUGUUGUACUCUUCUAUCAGAGGAUCCAAAGUCUUACAUAAUAAGAUGGCAGUAUCCGUGUUGAAGAGUCCUAUGGGAUUUUUUGAAAGUACACCUAUCGGCAGAAUCAUUAAUAGAUUCUCUUCUGAUAUGAGUACUGUAGACCGUAAUUUAAAAUACAAUUUUGCAUUCUUCUUCAAGUGUGUCUUAGAUUAUUUUGUUACGAUUCUUUUGAUUGGAUACAAUAUGCCAUGGUUCUUGGUUUUCAACGCUGGUUUGUUAGUGGUUUAUGUCUACUACCAGGUAUUUUAUGUGACUUUGAGCAGAGAAUUAAAGAGGUUGUCCAGUACUGCUUUCUCCCCAAUUAUGUCAUUGUUCAGUGAAACCCUUGGUGGACAUAUGGUUAUCACCGCUUUCAGACAUUCCGAAAGAUUUCACUUUUUAAAUUUCAACAAGACUCAAUUUCAAAUUGAUGCUCAAUUCAAUUUGAGAUCUACCAAUAGAUGGUUAUCUAUUCGUUUACAGAUCAUUGGUGGUGCAAUGGUACUAAUUACUGCAUUGUUAACACUUGCUACUAUCGGUACGAAAAAGCAGAUGACCGCUGGUCUGGUCGGAUUGUUGAUGAGUUAUGUUCUACAGGUUACCAAUUCUUUGAUGUGGAUCGUGAGAAUGACUACCAUGAUUGAAACCAAUAUUAUCUCUGUUGAAAGAAUAUAUGAAUAUUGUCAAUUACCAUCUGAAGCACCAGCCAUUAUUGAAUCAUCCAGACCUGAAAAAUCGUGGCCAUCUAUGGGUGAGAUCAUCUUCAAGGAUUAUUCUACCAAGUAUAGACCUGAAUUGGAUCCUGUUUUGAAAAAGAUUAAUUUGAGCAUCAAACCUAGGGAAAAAAUUGGUGUUGUUGGUAGAACCGGUGCUGGUAAAUCUUCACUUUCGUUAGCACUAUUCAGAUUGUUAGAAAGCACUGGAGGCUCUAUUGAAAUUGAUGGUGUUGAUAUUUCGAAGAUUGGUCUUUAUGACUUAAGAAGCCAUCUUUCAAUUAUUCCACAAGAUGCCCAAGCAUUUGAAGGUACCGUUCGUAGUAAUUUGGAUCCUUUCAAUCAAUAUUCUGUGCAGGAGAUUUGGAAAGCCGUUGAAUUGGCACAUUUGAAACCACAUAUUAUCAAGAUGAUGACGGACGAAGACCCAGAUAAAUCAUCACCUGAAGAUGAAAUUUCGGCGCUUGAUGUUAAGAUAAGCGAAAAUGGUAACAAUAUGUCGAUGGGUCAAAGACAAUUGUUAUGUCUGUCAAGAGCUUUACUAAGUAAGUCUAAGGUUUUAGUUCUUGAUGAAGCAACGGCCGCUGUUGAUAUGGAAACUGACCAAAUCAUUCAAGAAACCAUUAGAAAUGAAUUUCAAGAUAAGACGAUUUUAACAAUUGCACACAGAAUCGAUACCGUUCUCGAUAGUGAUAAAAUUUUGGUCCUUGAUAAAGGUGAAGUUAAAGAGUUUGAAUCUCCUGACACCCUUCUCAAAGAUGAAAAGUCUCUGUUUUACGGUCUCUGUCAAAAGGGCGGUUAUUUAGACAAAAAGAAUAACAGCAAAUGA